GCCGGAGGGGGGCGGGGCUUGCGGUCCAGGUCGGAGAAAGUGCCACGCGACUGAGGCUCAGCUGCUCGCGGACCUGAAGCAGUCAUGGACGACCCUCAAACUCUCGGCUUCCUGGUCUUCGGAGGCUUCAUGGUCGUCUCGGCCGUGGCCAUCGUCCUCGUCUCCACGCUGUCCAUGAAGGAGACGUCGUACGAGGAGGCGCUCGCCAAGCAGCGGCGCCGGCUAGACCACGCGCCGAUGUCCAGAGCAGACAAGAAGAAGAAGGACAAGACGGCAGAGAAGAAGAACAAAGCCAAGAAGAAGGAGGAGCGGCAGACCGCCGAGCCCGGCAGCGACGGAGGAGAGGAACCGGUGGUGGUGACCUGCACCGAGCCCGAAUCUGACCCUGAACCUGCCCCAGAGCCUGAACCUGCACCUGAAUCGGCACCUGAACCAGCACCUGAACUUGCCGCAGAGCCUGAACCAGCACCUGAACCAGCACCUGAACCAGCACCUGAACCCACCGCCGCCGAGCCUCCUGCAGCCGCCUCACCCAAGGGGAAGAAGAAGAAGAAGUCGGCCAAGGUGGAGCCAGCUGCCGUCAUGGCUGCUAAGGAGGUUCUGGUCAUGGCCGUUGCCCCGGUAAUGGACGUCGCCCCGGUGAUGGAUGUUGCCCCGGUGAUGGACAUUGCCCCGGUGAUGGACGUCACCGAACAACCGACCACCGCCAAAACUGAAGAACCCAAAGAAACCUCGACCAAGAAGAAGAAACCCAAAAACAAACCUGAGACAGGCGACACCUGGCAGCUGGCUUGUCAGAAAGGAGACCCGCUGUCCUCUCUGAAGAAGCAGCUGGACGACAAAGACAAGCAGCUGACGGCUCAGCAGGACGACGCCGCCGCCGCCAAGACUCGCCUCCGAGAGCUCAGCAAGGAACUCGGUGCUGAGAAAUCCAAGCUGGCGUCUGUGGAGUCCCGUCUGAAGGCGGAGCUCGGCGCUCGCGGUCAGGAGGUCAACACCUUGCGGGCCGACAUGAAGACCGCCGACAAGGAACACCAGAAACAAACCCAGCAGCUCAACAAGAAGAUCGAGGGUCUUCAGGAGCAGCUGGAGAACGGACCGAACGCCCAGCUGGCUCGCCUGCAGCAGGAGAACUCGAUCCUGCGCGAUGCCUUGAACCAGGCGACCAGCCAGGCGGAGAGCAGGCAGAACGCCGAGCUGGCCCGUCUGCAGCAGGACUGUGUCCGUCUGGGUCGGGAACUGACGGAGCGCUCCGACGCUCAGCGGACCGACGAGGAACGCCGGACCGGUCUGGAGGCCAAGAUGGCCGAUGCUGAGAAGGAGCUGGCCAGGGUCCAGCUAGUCCACACCGACACCGAGCGCGCUCUGCAGCAGCAGCUACAGGAAGUGAGUCUGGAGCUGAAAGCGUCGCAGCAGGAAGUCGCAGCUGUUAGCGAGCUGCAGGGGGCGCUGGCAUCCAGAGACACCGAGCUGCAGGAGCUGAAGGCUCAGCUGGAGAGCCAGGCAGCCGUCCAGGUGGAGAACUCGUCUGAAGCCGAGCAGCUGAAGAACGACGUGCGAAGCAGAGACGAACAGGUCAGCGCUCUGGAGGCGGAGCUUAGCCAGCUGAGGGCGGAGCUACAGCUGAUGACAUCACAGCAACAGAAACUGGAGGAAGCUGGCGACACAGCAGCAGGUGAUCAGACGCAGAAAGACGGUUCAGGAAGUGAGACGGAGUCCGAGCAGCCGUUUGAAAGUCUGGAGGAAGACUCUCAGCUGCUGCGUCUGGAGGAAGAACUGCAGCAGCUCAGAGAGGAGCUGCAACAGGCCCGUAACCACGGCAACCAGCUGCAGGAGAAGGAAGAGCAGCGAGAGGCGGAGCUGAAAGCAGCGCUGACUGAAGCUGAGUCCAGAUGUGCGUCUCUGCGUUCGGACUUCCAAGCGUCGCUGCAGGUUCUGUUUCCAGACGUCUCUGUGGAGGCGGAGCAGAGCGACUGGUUGGACGUUUUCACCCAGAAAGUUCAGGAGAGUAAAAUCGAAGAGGAGAGAUCUCACAUUGAGCUGCAGGCGAGGCUGAAGGAGGCCGAGGACAAACGGGAGGAGUUGGACCAGAGCAGGAAGCUACUGCAGGAGACGGAGGCGGAGCUUCAGGCGCUAAAACAACGUUCAGAAGAAGAAGAAAACGUCUGGAAGAACAAACUGAGCGACGCCGAGGACGAGAAGCAGAAGGUUCUGGAUCAGCUGAAGCAGCAGGACGACGAGUCAAAGAACACAGAGACAGAAAGCACACAGCAGCUGAAGGAUCAGCUGAUGCUGAUGGAGGCUCAGCUGGAGAAACAGCUGGAGGAGGCGAGCAUCAGCCAGAGCUGCAGCGAGGAGCUCGCCCAGGUGCGUUCUCAGCUGCAGCAGGUGAGCGUGCGGCUGCAGGCGGAGCAGAAUCAGAGACAACAGCUGGAAGAAGAGCUGCAGCAGGUUCGACAGGAAAUAGUGGCGCUGCAGCAGGCGGAUGCUGAUCAGACGUCAGCUGAUCAGACGUCAGUUGAUCAGACGUCAGCUGAUCAGACGUCAGCUGAUCCGUUGAAGGAAGUGACGGUGGAGCUGAAGGAGGAGACGUCAGUGUGAGCAGACGUCCGGAGACGCCGCCGAGUGCUCGCUUCGUCACCGUUUUGUUGCCAUGGUUACAGAGCCGAUGACAUCACACAGAUUCAGUUACUGAGACAGUCAGAGCUGUUUACGGACAAACUGUGAACAUACGUGUUUAACGUGUAGAAACAUGAUGAGGUCAUCACAUGACAGCAGACAUCAGUUCUGCUGCGACGCUUCAGGAACAAUAAAGUUUGAUUCAAAUGA